CCCUUCCUUCCCAAUUUGUUUUCUGCUGCCAAAUGCCUCUCCCUUCUUGUAGUUGUCUGCAGAAGAAUCAGUCUUGGAUUCCUGCUGUGUCUCCCCUUGGCUUUGCUUGGGUGAGCCCCAGGUUAUGCCAACACACACAGGUAGCUGCAAGCCCGGGGCUGUGCUGAGCACUCUCUAAUGACGCACAGCAACUUUCAGAUCACCGGUGUGACAAAUGAAGGCAGCCCUGAAUCUGAGAGACAUACCCCUGGGAAAUGGCGAGCACCAGAAAAAAAAUGCAUAGGAAACCAAGACUGCCUGUUUAUGGGACUGAGAUGUUUGCCGAGGUAGUGAGGCAAACAUCAGCCAGCCUGGGCAGGACCGAGCAGCGUGUUCCUGCUUGUGGGCAGGGCACAGGAAUGGGCGCUGGGAAGAGGGAGCCAAAGGGAGGAUCCAGCUGCAGAGUGGGCAGGGGCUCGGGGAGCAGCACAUCCUGCAGCGCCUGCUGGCACGGUGCAGAGGGAGGAGCGCUCCAGCUGGGAGAGUUGGGAAGCUCUCCUGACUGCCUGCAGCACGGCACAGUCUGGAAGGAGGAGUGGGAAUCUCCUGGUCACUCGUUUGGACUCGGCAGCCUGAAGCAGAUGAGGAGAGAGGUUCGUAAGCGCAGAAGCACCAAUGGAGACGUCUCCAGCUCAUCCCAGGACCCUCAGCCCUCCAAGGUGGGAGAUGGCUCUGUUCCCCAGCCCAGCAGUGGUGCUCAGCAUGCUUCAGGUAAGCUUUAUGAAGAGGAAGAGGACGAUGCCCUGCCGGACUCGGACGCCCUGCCCGACUCAGAUGACGAGGUGGAGCUGGAUAAGCCACGCCCCAUACAGAUUGUCCUUGCUCAUGAAGAUGACCAUAACUUUGAAUUAGAUGAAUCAGCUUUGGAAAAAAUCUUGCUUCAGGAACAUAUUAAAGAUCUUAACAUAGUAGUUGUGUCUGUAGCAGGAGCUUUCCGCAAAGGAAAAUCUUUUUUGCUGGACUUCAUGCUUAGAUACAUGUAUAACAGGACUUCUCCUUGUUGGAUAGGUGGAAACACGGAGCCAUUGACUGGGUUUACAUGGAGAGGUGGAUGUGAACGGGAAACCACUGGCAUUCAGAUUUGGAGUGAAGUGUUUGUAAUUGAAAAACCUAAUGGAACAAAGGUUGCUGUGCUACUCAUGGAUACCCAAGGUGCCUUUGAUAGCCAAUCCACUAUCAAAGACUGUGCAACAGUUUUUGCCCUCAGCACCAUGACGAGCUCUGUCCAGGUAUACAACUUGUCUCAGAAUAUUCAGGAAGAUGACCUUCAGCACUUGCAGUUGUUUACAGAAUAUGGAAGACUAGCUAUGGAAGAAAUCUACCAAAAGCCGUUUCAGACAUUAAUGUUCUUAAUUAGAGAUUGGAGUUAUCCUUAUGAACAUGCAUAUGGCUUGGAAGGAGGAAGAAAGUUCCUAGAGAAAAGAUUGCAGGUAAAGCAAAACCAACAUGAAGAGCUACAGAAUGUAAGGAAGCAUAUUCACUCCUGUUUCAGUAAUCUUGGGUGUUUCCUGUUGCCCCACCCUGGUCUUAAAGUUGCAACAAAUCCAAAUUUUGAUGGGAGAUUGAAUGAUAUAGAUGAGGAUUUUAAGAAUGAACUGCGGAAUUUGAUACCGUUACUGCUUGCCCCUGAAAACUUGGUAGAAAAAGAGAUUAGUGGAUCCAAGGUGACCUGUAGAGAUCUUGUAGAAUACUUCAAGGCUUACAUUAAAAUCUAUCAAGGAGAGGAGCUACCUCAUCCGAAAUCUAUGCUGCAGGCAACAGCUGAGGCGAACAAUCUUGCUGCUGUGGCAGGAGCAAAAGACUUGUACAGCAAAGGCAUGGAGCAGGUGUGUGGGGGAGAUAAGCCUUACAUUGCCCCGUCGGACCUGGAGCAGAAGCACCAGGAUUUCCGCGAGAGCGCCAUCCGCCAGUUCCGCUCCGUCAAGAAGAUGGGAGGGGAAGAGUUCUGCCGGCGCUACCAGGAGCAACUGGAAGGGGAAAUCGAAGAGAUCUAUGCAAACUUUGUGAAGCACAACGAUGGCAAAAACAUCUUUUAUGCUGCUCGUACCCCUGCCACUCUAUUUGCAGUCAUGUUUGCCAUGUACAUAAUCUCAGGACUGACUGGGUUCCUUGGCAUGAACUCCAUAGCUGCCCUGUGUAAUCUCGUGCUGGGGAUGGCUCUUAUAUCGUUUUGUACUUGGGCAUACGUUAAGUACUCUGGGGAAUUCAGAGAAGUUGGAACAGCCAUUGAUCAGAUCGCUGAAGCUAUAUGGGAACAGAGGAAUCCCAGGAAGGUGUUUUCCAAACUCUUUGAAGUCCUUAGACGCCGAACGGUUCGUCGUGCUCUCACAUCAGUGCCGCGACAGCGACUCUCAUCCAACAAUAACAAGAAGAAAAACUAGCCAGUGUUGAAGCCCAUGAGUGAUAAUUUGAUGGAGGAUCAUAUGAGGCAGUCUGUAAAAAACUCUAUCAAAGCAGGCCUGACCGAGCAGGUGGCUCACCAUGCCAGACUAAAGACAGACUGACAGUUCGUCUCCUCUUCAACUCUGCCCUCUCAUCCUAGACAUGCUUGCUGUACCAUGAGAACUCAAUAAUAAAAAAAAAAUAAAUAAAAAUAAACCAAAGUUUACAAUCAACUGUAGAAGUAGUUUAGUGUGAUUGGCUUCACAGAUUGCUGCCAUCACCGGGGAAGAGUUAUAUUUGUCAGUGCUCAGCUCUCAGACAAACUGGUGCCAUGGAGCCCGCUGGGGUGGGAGGGAGCGGCUCAGUUUUACGCGUUUGGGGGAGGGAGGGGGAGCUUCCCCAGCGUUGUGAGUCCGUGCGGGCUCCGGCUUACAGGGGAGCCCGUCCCCUGCAGCAGCUGACUUCAGGGAGUGUCGCCAUCAGCCCCCUGCAGCUGUGCUCUCCCCGAUGGCCCCAGCUCGGCACCACCCCGGCAGCUCCCGCCAGUGUUCCUGUGCGCGGCCGGUGCAGCCGUCGGAGCAGCCCCUCCAUUACAACGCGUCUCCUGCUUUCUUGCCUUGUCCCAGUGUUACACAGAUGCAUGUGCUGGUUCCUCACGCAGAACUGGGCUGUCAGGGAGGCAGUGGCUCAGCACAGAGGGUGUCUCGCCUUGAACUCGCAGACCUGGUCCCGAGGGAGGUGCAUAUCGGAACUGAGCUGUCUUUUUCUGCAGUUUAGCCUUCAUGUAUAUAAUAUUGCCAUUAAUUCUACUGGGGAAGAAAUUCCAUCCAAAAAUGUUGCCUACAGCUACCAAGCAAUGAGUUAGGAUUGUCUGUACAGUGUGUUUAGUUUUUAUUUUUUAAGAAAUCACAGAUAGGGCAUGUAUAUGAAAUAUAAAUAUAUAAAUACGAUUUUGUAUCAAAGUUUUGUAGUUUAUGGCAAAACCUGGUUCUGUGGUAGCUAAGUGCAGUUCCUGUAAAGGAAUGUUUGUGGCUCAUGUAAAUGUGUGAAUGCAUCAACAAUUUGAAGUUUUUUGAUAUAUUUGUGAUAUUUACCUGCCUUGAGCACUGCAAUCUCUCACCCCCUUGGAAAAAUCAAUGGGAAUGUUUGUUGUGAAACUCUUGUCUUCUGUUGCAUUUUAAAGUUAUUUCCUGUAAUUUAUUUUCAGUACAUGAUUAAAAUCAGUUGUGUAUAUAUUAAAUGAAAUCCGUGCUUAUUUUUAAAAGAUGUUCAAGUAUUGUAUUCUACUACAUAAACUAUGUCAAAUACUUAUCCUGACAAUUAUAUGAACAGAUUUGUUCUAUUGUACUUCAUAGCUUUCUAUUGAAGCCGAUGUUCCUCUCAUGCUUGUCUCUGGAAGGUGACCUCUGUCCAGCUCAUACCCCCUCCCUGUAUAGGAAAACCUCCUGCUGUUCUUAAGCACGCUUUUGACUUGUGGAGUUGCUUGUCAGAUUCUGCCCUCCGACAAUUGUAUCACUCUGAAAUCUUGUUACUGGCUUUACUUUCAUUCUUGGCUAAAUCAGUAUCAACUGUGUGGAGUGUAAAGGCAGCUAAACAAUUAACUGCUGUAGUUUCAGCUGGAAAUGGCUGUGUGCAAUAGCUGGGUUUUUUGCAUUCCUAAAUGGUAACAAUUUUCAUCAACAUUUGAGCUUUAACAUCUCCCCUCUCUUGAGUGAGGGAAAUCAUCUGUCUAGGACUAAAGCAAUUGCACUGUGACUUUUGCACUGCAAAGAACUGCUGGGGAGUGGUGGUUACCUGCCCUCUGCAGGUGAGGGCUCAGCUCCAGGGGAAUGAUGCUAAAGAUGAGGUAGGAAUGUCGCAUUUUAUGAUAUCUCAACCUGUACAGAUUAAAUACUGUUAUUCAAACAA